AGCGCGGUGCCGGCAGCGAGGUGCGGCUGCCGAGAGGUGCAUCUCCGCCUGCUCCGCCGCUCCGGCCGCAGCGCGACAGCGAGUCCUGUGUCACCCUCACCCCAAGAAGAAGAGGGGAGAGGCGCUUGGCGGAGCCCUGCCGCCGUUGCCGUCCGUGGCGUGGAUGAUGUCACUAAUAUUGCUCAGAAAUCUCUCCUUGAUGAUGAGAAAGAGAAUGUGCCAACAGGACUAGGAGCUGUGGUGUGGAAAGUCCCAGUACAAACACACAAACUUAUCUACUGGUGCUGCUCAGUCUUCACCUCCUCAACUUAAAAUCAAACACAGCUGCCUCAGAAGACAGCAGAUAAAAGAAAGGGCAUGAGAGAUUGCUCCAACAAUGGCAGAGGUUUGCUUGAAAGAUUUUGUUGAGCACUACAUGACUCUUAAAUGCUAAAAGCAGGAGGCAGUAGCUGGUAUCUCUGUGUGCAGCAAGAAAAACCAAAUCCUUUUAAACUUCAAAAAUAAUUAUGUCAAAGAAAAGUCGUGCCAAGGGAGAGAAGUCUGACACGGAGAUGGAAUCCCUGCAAGCUGCCAAUGAGGAGCUACGAACUAAACUAACAAACAUCCAGAUAGAAUUUCAGCAAGAAAAAAGCAAGGUGGGUAAACUGAGAGAGAAAAUUCAAGAGGUUAAACAAGAGAGGGAGCAGGAGCAGCACAAGCACACUGCCUAUGUUUCUGAACUGAAAGCCAAGCUCCAUGAGGAGAAAAUGAAGGAACUGCAGAGUGUCAGAGAGCUACUGAUCCGGCAGCAUGAGCAGGAGGUUGCUAGAAUGGUGAAAAUCAAAGAUGGUGAAAUCCAGCGCUUGCAGUCAACAGUCAACGUGCUGCGGGAUGGGGCGGCUGACAAAGUGAAGACAGCUCUGCUGAGCGAGGCAAAGGAGGAGGCUCGCAAGGCCUUCGACAGCGAACGGAUGAAGCUGCAACAGGAGGUCUUGGAGCUGAAAUCAGGGAAAAAGCAGCUUGAAGAAGCUUUGAACAACAUUAUGCAGGCGGAUAAAAUGAAAGCUGCAGACCUGCGCACGGCUUAUCAGUCCCAUCAGGAUGAGACUAAUAGAAUAAAGCGGGAAUGCGAGAGAGAGAUCCGCAGGCUGAUGGAUGAGAUAAAAGGCAAAGACAGGGUGAUUCUGGCUCUGGAGAAGGACCUUGGUGUCCAGGCAGGCCACACACAGAAACUGCUCCUUCAGAAAGAAGCUCUGGAUGAACAGCUUGUUCAAGUGAAGGAGGCAGAGCGAUACCACGGUAGUCCUAAGAGAGAGCUUCCUGCAGGAGUGGGGGAUAUCACCGAGCUCAUGGGAAGCCCGGAGCCACAUUUGGAUGAACGAGAUAUGCGGAGAUUUCAGCUGAAAAUCGCUGAGCUGAAUGCUGUAAUAAGGAAACUGGAAGACAGGAAUACUCUCUUAGCAGAUGAAAGAAAUGAACUGCUGAAAAGGUCUCGGGAGACAGAAAGUCAGCUGAAACCCCUGGUAGAAAAAAAUAAGAGGAUGAGCAAAAAAAAUGAUGACAUGUUGCAGAGUAUCCAGAGAAUGGAAGAGAAAAUAAAAAAUCUAUCAAGGGACAAUGCAGAAUUGAAGGAGAAGUUAUCUGCACAGCCAGCCCUGAAGAGGCACACAUCUUUGAAUGAUCUCAGCAGCACACGAGAGGAACAAGAAAUUGAAUUCCUUAGACUGCAAGUCAAAGAACAGCAGCAUGUUAUUGAUGAUCUCACAGUGGAAAGGGAACGAUUAUUGCGGUCUAAAAAACAUAGGAGGAAAAGUUUGAAGCCUCCAAAGAGGCAUGUUGUGGAGACAUUUUUUGGAUUUGAUGAAGAAUCUGUUGAUUCAGAAACGUCAUCUGUAACUUCAUAUAACACAGAUAAGACAGACAGGACACCAGCAACACCAGAAGAAGAUUUGGAAGAUAGCACGCCUAAAGAAGAAGCUGAACUAAGGUUCUGCCAGCUAACAAGAGAGUAUCAAGCUUUGCAAAGGGCAUAUGCAUUGCUUCAGGAGCAAGUUGGUGGAACUCUGGAUGCAGAGAGAGAAGCAAGGACUCGUGAACAAUUGCAAGCUGAUCUUCUCAGGUGUCAGGCAAAAAUUGAGGACUUGGAGAAAGCUCUAAUCGAGAAAGGACAGGAUUCAAAAUGGGUAGAAGAAAAGCAGCUGUUAAUCAGAACAAAUCAGGAAUUACUAGAGAAGAUUUACAGAAUGGAACAAGAAGAGAACCAGCUGAAGAAUGAGAUGCAAGAUGCAAAAGACCAGAAUGAGCUGUUAGAAUUCAGAGUGCUAGAGCUUGAAGAGAGAGAACGAAGGUCGCCGGCAUUUAAUCUUCAUAUAACCACCUUCCCUGAAAACAAUGGAAGUGCACUUCAACUAUUCUGUCAUCAGGAAGGAAUAAAGGAUGUGAACAUAUCUGAGCUUAUGAAGAAACUAGAUAUUCUUGGAGAUAACGGGAAUUUGAGAAACGAAGAACAGGUUGCAAUAAUCCAAGCUGGGACUGUGCUUUCCCUUUGUGAAAAGUGGUUAAAACAGAUAGAAGGGACAGAAGCUGCGCUGACACAGAAGAUGUUAGACCUGGAGAAUGAAAAGGACCUGUUCAGUAAACAGAAGGGUUAUUUAGAGGAAGAACUCGACUACAGGAAGCAAGCUCUGGACCAGGCAUACAUGAAAAUCCAGGAGCUGGAAGCCACGCUGUAUAAUGCCCUGCAGCAGGAUCCAGGACGGCGGGCAAGCGAGUCGCUGACCGAAGCGCAGAGGGAGGAUUUGCGAGCUGCAGUGGAGAAGGUGCGGCGGCAGAUCCUGAGGCAGAGCCGGGAGUUUGACAGCCAGAUCUUGCACGAACGAAUGGAGCUGCUGCAGCAGGCACAGCAGAGAAUUAGAGAACUAGAAGAUAAGAUAGAACUUCAGAAGAGGCAAUUGAAAGAAAUUGAGGAAAAGUUUUUGUUCCUUUUUUUGUUUUUUUCACUAGCAUUCAUUCUGUGGCCUUGAUGACACAACUGAAUCAAGAUGUCUGGCUAUUAAAAGAACCUAUGGAGUGAACAGCUGAGUCCACAUGCAAAAGUACAGAAAAUAUUUAUUGAGCAGCUUUAAAUUGGUGCAAUUUUUUUUUUCCCCCCUCAUAAAACAGUUUGCAGAACACUUGGAGCUGCAAAAUAUUUGAAUUUAAAAUUAAAGACUUUUUU